UUAACAGAAUAAUCAAAGCUUGGCAUAGCGGCGUUCUGAUUGUUCGCAUUAAAUCAGCUGCAGUGGUGUUUGAUUCUGAAUCAGCUGUUCUUCCUUUCGUACCGGCACCCCCUUAAAAUGACCGAAUCAAUGUGAGAGAAGUGCAAGCUGACUGAGUGCAAGAGAGAGUGGCGAGUGCGUGUCAGACAGUUGUUUGUACUUUGACAUUUGUCAUAAAUGACACUUUGUUCGCUAUCCUAGCAGGCACAAAUGCAUGCCGUAGUAAAAACAAUAAAGAAAACGACAAAACGAUUGCAAUGAAACGCGAAAGAAAACAAACAAAAUCAAAACAAAUCACCAGUGUAGAAGAAAUCGCCACAAAGCAAAUAACAAAAUCACACAAAACGACAUGCUCUGCAAAAUAACGCACAGCCGCUUUUGAUUAAUGAAUUCGCCCGCACACAAAACAACUCCAAAUAGCACGGACAUAAAUUGAAAUGUAAAAAAAUACCGCUCCUCAGCAUUGGACGGAUGAGUGGUCGAACGACCAAAGUAUAGCUGCUAAAUUGUUAAAGUGAUUUGCAAAUCGAAAUGAAAGGAAAUGUUAUUUAGAACACACAAAUAGCCCAAUUUCAUCAGCCCCCUGCGUAAGAAGAAGAAGAGGACUGAAGGAAAAACAGUUUUUUUUUGGUGAGGUGAGACAAACGGUGGUGUUUUCCAUGGCGACCGAGGACAUGGACGCGAUCCUGUUCAACAGCAACAUCUUCGAGCACACCACUGAUUGAGCAACAAACCACCUCGACCAACGCCUCCAUCACAAUGGGCAAUAGCCAGACACGAACGACAACGGCCAAUGCGGCCACAGAUGCGGAAGAUGCCAAUGCGGCAGGGGGGGCCUUCUCCCCCUCCUCACUCAGAGCCUCUAUGAAAAGUCGCCGUGGUAGUCGAGUAAAAGUUUUUGGUCUUUUGGGCCAGAAGAAAGCAUCAAAGGAGCCAACCACACCAACAACACCCUCGUCCACAGCACCACAGUUUGUGGCAAACACUGGAACCUCCACAUCCAGCUGUAUUAAGAUGAUUGACGAAGAGGAUCGGGCGGUAUUGCAACGCAGCCAUGACGCUGUUGUACGCCAGCUGGAGUUCGAACAAAUGGAAAUACGAAUGAAACAGGAAAAACAACUAAAGGAGAAAACUGUGCAGAAAUUGGCAAAUGAUACCAAAAAAGUGCCCAUGUUGGCAAAGAAACGCUUGGCGCCACAGCCACCAUGUGGCCAUGCGGUUGGCGAUCAAACUACACUGCUAGCAAAGACAGCAACCCUGCAAGAUAACAAAGUGGCUACAACACUGAGUGGUAAAUCAAAUGAUGAACAUGAACAUGACAAAGAAAAAUACGAACACGAAGUAGAAUCGGAUCAUAGAGAGUUCAUUAAGAGACUCAUUGAUACCACGACUACGUUGGAAAAUCUGGAAUUCGAAAUGAACAACAAAGGCGGGCUCACAAACAAAGCACAUGAAAUAGCAGCUGUGGCAACGGCACCGCUGCCAGCAACAAUUGCCCAACGAAACACCUUAGCAAAACAAGACAUAGGGACCGGCAGCACUGCUCCACAGAAAAAGAACUCUCUUACUGGAAUGCUAACCGAAACAAGAAAACCAAUAUCUAGUGGUGACGGCUCAAUCGCCACAAGAGGCAUAUCUUCUGCAAGCAGCAAGCCUUCUCUUCGCGAUGAACGCCAACUGCAGCAGAGGCAUGGCCAAGUCAUGCAUGAGAGAAACAAUGACCCAAAAUCACCGCAUAGUGCCAGUAUUACAGCGCCCGUGGAAUCGCCCGAUGACCCUUGUACCAUAGCCUCGGACAAUGAUGACGAUGUAGAAGGUGAAGGCAUACAUAUCGAUGACAUUCGUAGUUUAGCAGUCAACACACAAGCAACUAGGAUAACAAAUACAAAUCAAACGCACACCAAACCAUCCUACAGGGCAGUUCAACUGCCGACGACGCUAGAGGAUCUAGCGACAACAACUCAAGCAAAUGCAACAGGCGCGAGGGGUCAACGUCCGCUCAGCGAAAUAAGUAUAGCCUCUGGCGAUACCUCGGGUAUUCUAUCGCCCACAACAGCGCGAGCUAUUCUCGAGCUGCGAAGGCGCCACCAAGCGGACAAGUUAUCGCUGUUGUCAGUGGCCAAAACGAGCUUUUUGGAAAUCCUGCCAACAGAUCUGCCCACAGAAUCCAGUCCAGAGAGUACCGAUGAACAAAUGGCCAUGCACCUGGGUAAAAAGUUGGCACAAGUACUGAGUGGCGGUGGCAAUGGCAACAGCAGUGGGGUAGUAAACGCCAGUGGUGCAGGCACUCCUGGUUCCCCUCUGCCGGAUAAUGGUAAUUACUGCAGUGCUGCAUCGACACCAACAGCAGUGGCCACCAACGAAAUCUUCAACAUUGCCAAAGCGAAAAAGAUUGAAUUGCCAAGUUUAGCAUCGCGAUUAGUUGCAACCGCCGCCCCUCCAUCAGACAGUCACGCAUCGAAUGCAACAGCUUCAACUGAUGCCAAACAUUUGCCAAGUUUACAAUCAUCUUCAUCAACACCUUCGUUAUCUUCGUUACAUUCGCAUACAGCAGCAACUGCCUCCGCCAAUGCCGUAGCCACGACUUGCACGGAAACCCAAUCAACCGUUAUAAUUUCAUUUAAAUCAUCCCAAACACCUGUUCUAUCUCAGCCAACAUCAGCAAGUGCUACUGCACCACCCACACCUUCAAACGAAACACUGACUUGCCACGAAUUUGUGGCAUUGAACAAUGACGCUAAUGCUGAACUCGCUAUACCACCAACGACAACUCUAUCAAAUAGCCUCAUUGGAGCAACGACAAGCCAAAUGGGAUCACCUUUGCCCCCGGGCACGCCACGCAACAAUGUCCUUAAGAAAGUUGCCUCCUUUACGGCAGAGAAGGCUGCGGUUGGCAGUGCCGGUAAAAUCAAUAAUGGCGAUAGCAACUCCGGCAUGGCGGGACCAUUGGAAAGUAACGGCUUGAGACGUUCAUCAUUUGUGCCCGAGAAGUUAAGCUUCGCUGCAUAUGAAAAGUUUGAAGGUCAAAUGCUGAUGAAAUGGUUUAUAUCCUCUUUGCAGAACAAUGGCACUCCUCUGAGUGAGCAGGAUAUCAAUGUACUGACACUGCAGUAUUGCAACAAUUUAAUCAACGUGGGAGUUCUCAAACAAAUAUCGGAAAAGCGAGAUGAUUUGGAUACAUUCAGCCCCUUCCAUAUGUACCAAUGGACACAUACCGAAGCUCCCACAACAUCUCAACCCCACACCCCUGGAAAACUGGAUAAAGUGAACGUUUGGCCAUACUGUUCUACCCCAGCCGUUGUAACACGAAUGCCCAAAAGCAUUCAAGUGGACACACCACAAUUAGACAGGGAAAAUGGUUUUCAAUACCUCUUGAGAAAAAGACUCCUCAGUUGCUCAACUAUAGCGGAAGUCCAUGCCGUAGUCAAUGAUCUCAUGUCAGCGGGUGAACCGUUGAGAAAACCCUCGAAACGUUGCAUACCUUUGAUGGAUCUUCUUAAUGCUAGUGAGACGACCGUAUAUCAGUAUGACAAGAACGUAAGUGAUGAUGGAAGUUCAGGCAUUGAAGUUGGCGGUCUGCAAGAGGCUGGAGUGCAAGCAGUUGAGGAAUCGCAGGCGAACCACGAGUUUGUUUGCACAAAAUGUGGCGGUACGGAUAACGCUCGACGGGAAACCGAAACGAGCGAUAAAGCUGUGCAAGCAUCACUUCUUGAGGAGAUAUCUGCAGAAGCAAAUGAUAAGCCAACAACAAGCACGGGCGCACCACCUCCUCCUCCGCCACCUCCACUGCCAGAUAUGAUACCGUCGGGUGCAUUACCUCCACCACCGCCCCCGCCACCACCACCUUCUCUAGGGUUACCACCACCUCCGCCACCACCACCUUUAGGUUCAGGACCUCCGCCACCACCACCACCGGCUCCACCUUGUGCUAGCACCCCAAUACCUUCCCUAAAUAAUCUUAAUGCAUCUACUAGCGGCACUACGCCACCUCCACCUCCUCCUGGUACUCCUAAAACCCCCUCCACACCUGCUCCUUUGCCAAAUCCAACCGAGGGGGGCUGGUUCAAUCAAUCAAACAUAAUUCCGCCAAAUGCCCACCAUAUAGCGCUACGAAAGACUGCCGUUAAUCCACCAAAACCAAUGAAACCCCUCUACUGGACCCGCAUUGUGACACAACCUCCACCGCCUAAGCCACCACCAACAUUAUCGGCCACGCCCUCGGAUGAAACUGACUCCAGUCCAACAAGUUCCCCUGACGAUGCACCUGCGUUCAAGCCUCAUGUGGCUAAAGAAAUCUGGCAGGAAAUCGAUGAGACAUCAUUGGACAAUAUUGAUGAGUUCACAGAGCUUUUCUCUCGCGAAGCUGUUGUGCCCGUCACCAAGCCCAAAGUAAAGCCAGAGGUGCGGGUACGUCACACAAAAGUGCUGGACAGCAAAAGAUCUCAAAAUGUCGGCAUCAUUUCGCGCAGUUCACAUGUGGAUUUUUGUGAAAUAGAACAUGCUAUCUAUCAUGUCGACACAUCGGUUGUCAGUCUGGAAACCCUGCAGCAAAUCAUCAAUAUUAAGGCCACCAAUGAAGAGCUGGAACUAAUCAAAGAAGCUGCCCAGAGCGAUAUUCCCCUAGACUAUCCCGAACAAUUUCUACUGAAAAUCUCACAAAUAUCCAUGUCUACCGAACGAAUAUCCUGCAUCGUAUUUAUGGCUGAAUUCGAAGAAUCGGCAACACUCAUUGAACGCAAGCUUGAGGUUGUUAUGCACUUAUCGCAAUUCCUUAUAGAAAGUGAAGAGUUAAAGCUGAUUUUCGCGAUUAUUCUAACUUUGGGCAAUUACAUGAACGGUGGCAAUCGCCAACGGGGUCAGGCAGAUGGUUUCACUUUGGAAAUUCUAAGCAAACUCAAGGAUGUUAAAUCGAAGGAGUCUCAAACCACACUAUUGCAUUUUAUUGUGCGCACCUACAUUGGACGAAAACGCAAAGAAGGCGUACAACUGCUGGAGAUUCCCUUGCCCAUACCCGAACCAUCUGAUGUUGAGAGAGCCAGCCAAGUGGACUUCGACGAGGUCAGGCGGCAAAUAACCGAAUUAAAUCGUCAACUUAAAUCAAGUAAAGCCAUUACCGAAAAGGUAAUUUCAAACUCAACACCCCAAAAUAUGGAACCAUUCAAAUCAAAAAUGGAAGAAUUCAUAGAGCAUGCGACAAAAGUUGUUGACAAACUCUACAAAGAACUUGACGAUUGUCGGGAUAUGUUUGUAGAGACAAUGAGAUUCUACCACUACUCACCGAAGACUGGCACUCUAGAAUCUUGUACUCCGAAGACUUUCUUCGAACAUUGGACCAAUUUUACAAAUGAUUUUAAGGAUAUUAUGAAAAAGGAAAUUGCUGUGCUGUGGAAUGAUCUUUUGAAGAAAUCCAAGGCCGUACAAUCGCGCAAAGCUGUCAAAACUACAAAAGUAAAACCCGGAGGACUCAAGGAACGUAUUUUGCGUCUCAACAAGAAACCAACCUAGAUAUGUCCACUCAACACACUUAGCUAGUAUAUAGUUAAAAAUCUUAUGUUAAAAAAGAAAAUUGCCUUACAGUCAAAAACGAAAUGACCGAGAAAUGCACACAUUUAGUACCGAGUACUGAUUACUGAACUGCGUUAUUAUUGAUUAAGUUUACAUAUUAUUAUUUCUUUUUUGAUAUUAUGAAUCAAUCUAAGAAUCUAUGUAUUAUUAGAAGUUUAUCUAGAUAUUAACAAGUACGCAAACGAACAGUGAUUAUGAAAAUCACUGCACAUUCUGUACCCCUCCUCUGAUUGUUGAACCUAUCUUCACUUAUUACUAUUUUGGAAGACCAAUUAUCUUUUGUACACAGAAAUACAAUACAUUUAUAUAGAUGACACCUUUUGUUUACCAUACUCCUUAUUCAAUUUAAUGAGAAACCAGGAUCCCGAAAUGAUGAGAUCAAUAUCCUUCUAGGAAUAAGUUUUUUUUUCCGGGCACUUUAUGAUGGUUGUCAAUUUCACAAUAAUUAUAAUAAAAACUAUAACUCACUUUUUGUA